UCCGAAAUCCAAAGCGGAAGUAUGUUUUCCCGCUCACUAACUCUUGAAACAUUUCUCCCUCCAUUUUCUUCUCUAAUCCGCAGUUGAAGUGCCAACCCAACCUAGCCCAUUAACAUCCCAAACCUUCAUCCCCAAGACCACAUAGGUGAGUACCCAAAAUCUCUCUCCUGCUUAUUUGCUUUUCUUUUCCAUUUCAAAUUUCAAUCUAAGAUUCAGGGUUCUUUUAAUCUUUAAAGAUUUGGGUCAUUUUAAUCUUUGAAUUCCUUUUGUUUUGAAUUUCGUUUUUCGCUGGCUGCUUUUACCAUUUUCUUUAUUUUAGAUCUGCGACAUGAAUCAUGAUGUUUAUCGUUUUCGUGCAGUAGUCAAUUUGUGAAAACGAUUCUUUUUCUUUUCAAAAUCGUGUUUUUUAAAUCCUGGCGAAUCGCAGGCUUGUUUAUGCGCGGACGUGAUUAUUUUUUCAUUGAGUCAUAAACCAUUCAAAAUUCGCUCUUGUUUUUCUGUGCAGAUGUAUUGCAUUAGUUAGUCUCUGUUGUGUUCAAUAGUUGAAGCACUUCUUCGCUGUUUUUGUUUUUGAUUUGUAGUUGAUAAUAAUUAUUCCCGAAAAGUAAAGUUCAUGAUGGAAGAAGAUAAAGUUUCUGAGGGAUCCGGAAAGUCACGGCCUGUUUUGGGAGACAUAACAAAUCACCUGGGAAAAAGGGGUUUAUCUUCGAUUUUGGGUAGUUCAGGGAAAAAAGGUGGAGCUUUAGAGGGGGUGAAAUUUGGAUCUAAGUGUGUUGUUGAAGAUAAUAAAGGAAUUUUCAAAAGAGCUCGUCUUUCACCUAAAAAAUCUGCUGAAAACAGCCCUUUGACAAAAACAGCCAUAUUUGGCAAUUCAAAGAACUCCACUGAAAACAACGACCCUGAUUCUUCACAUCUUGUUGGUAAACACAGUGCAACUUCCACGAACAGUAGUGAGAGCUUGAGUAAAGGCUGUGCAGCUUCCAUUUUAGGGACCACAAGUUUGUUGGGUUCAGAUUAUCAAGAUGUUGAGAAAACUUUUGAUACUUAUGAAGAGAGAGCGGCCAGUUCUGAAAGAACCGAAAGUGAUACUAACGGAUGCCAGAAUGAAGUUGAUGAGCAAGGAGCUGAAAAUUUAGUAAUAAGUCAGUCAGGGUCAAUCGACCAUUCUAGAUUUCCUGACUCACAGGAAUCUAGAGUUGGGCUUGAGAAAUGCACUGGAGUACAGGUGGGUGAUGGUUGCCCUGAACCUGUUUCAGGCAUUGAAUCUAUAAAGUCUUGCUCUUGCACUUUUUGCACCAAAGCUGCUUAUAUGUGGUUAGACCUCCACUACCAAGACACAAAGGGCCGAUUAGCUGCAUUAAAGAAGAGCCAGAAAGAAGCAAGCAUUUUAGCAGAAAGAAGUUGCAAGGGCAAGGCACCUCAGAGAUAUGUUUCAGCACACAACACUGAUGUGCCUAACUUGGAAUCAAGUUUAUGGAAUCAGUGGAGGUCUCUCUUCUUACACAUGGAGAACAUAUAUGAGUGCGAAACUAACCAACUUGAAUCUAGUUUGCUCUCCCUAACUGAUCUCAAGGAUAGAUGCAAAGCCGAGCUGGAACUGAUCAACAAGACUCCCCCGGAGAAUUGAUAAAUGUUCUGAUCUCCUCGUCCUGUUGUAUCUGUAGUAGGUAGUGUUUAUUCAAACGGCGGGUUUAUUUUUAUGUCACUCUUGUCUAUAAAGCAGGUGAGGUUGCUGCGAGCUCUACUUGUACCCCUAGUUUGAUCAUUUCAAGCCAAUGUAGUUAUGUAGCCACCAUAUUAAGAUUGGAUGGUCUGUAGAAUUUGUUACUGGUGUUUUCUUGUAUUCAUUUUAGCUAUCUGAAACUAUUAUUACAGCAGAAAGAAAUCCUUUAUGCUAGGCCAUGUUCUAAACAGGCCCAGACUUGUAUUGAAAUUUUCAGUUUUGAGUCUUGCUACUCAGAUUGUGAAUGGAUUC